UGCCCCACACUAAGAUACUGCAUUAUGGGUUCACCUUUUUCCUCAUUCUUUUAAUCCUCUCUUUCAGUUAUAUAUAAAUCUCUCUUUUUAGAAUCAAAAGGCCAGGCAGCAAAUAUCAGGCAGCUGCCCUCUCUGUCAUGGAGAAGUCUAGCGAUUCAUCUCUGCUCAAAGCUGUUCCUUCAAAAGAAACCACAUACUCAUGCACUGAGGAGGAGAGUGGUUGGACUGCUUACUUUGAAGACUUCUCAAACAACAAUAAUAACAGAAGAGAAGAAGAAGGAGGAGGAGGACGAGGAGGAGCUCAAAGUUUUGGCUGCACCUCUUCUUUGGUUUCUGAUGCUGCUUCUGGUGCUGCAUGGAAAUUAGUUUCCCACAACAAUCAAAACCAUGCAGGCUCUAUUGGGGUCCCACCCAAUAACAUUUCCAAGAAAUUAAGCUUCAAGAAAACAAGAACCAAAAAGAUUUCUGGUGAUGAUUUGGAGGACACUGCUAGUUCUCCGGUUAAUAGUCCCAAGAUUGGUGAUUCGAGACCAGUUGGUAUAAACCCAGAUAGAGAUAGAUGAUCUUCUUACGAGUAUGAAUUCUUUGGGUAAGGAGGAGACUACUGUAGGACAUUUUGCAGAGAUGGAACAGGCAGAUGAUGAAAAAACUAGUGAUUGUACGGGCUUAAAGAAAAAAGGGUUGUGCUCCAUGUCCUUGUUGGUGAACUAUCUUGGUUAAUUUUACAUUUUUCAAAGAAGAAUCUCUAUUUCAACCUCUCUGCUAGUUGCAGAUGCUUUCUUUGUCUUCCAUAACUUACUGUGUAAAGGAAAUAUCUGUCCAUAUAGUGUAUAUAUAGUUCUUGUAAAAUAUGUGAUCAUUCCCUCUC